UACAAUUUUGCUUCGAAUCUUAUCGUCAAGUUAGCUUCAUCAAGUCCAUGAUAAGUAUCAAGCUUUAUGUUAGGUAGCUACUAACAUAACACCAGCUGCAAUAAAUCGAAAUUCUUAUAUUAUCGACGUUAAGCCCGCAUUCUCAGUCGCAAGUCGCAAGUCGCAAACAGUCGCAACAAUGGCCUUCACGAUGCCGACCUUCCUGUCGCGGUUCACCCGACCUUUCAUGUCUAGUACGCGCCUUGGCAUAACUGCCGACACCAACGGGGGUGCGCCCGCGAUCCCCGAGGGCGCCGAAAAGGCCACCCUCGCGGCCGGAUGUUUCUGGGGUGUAGAGCACAUAUAUCGCAAGCACUUCGACGGCAAGGGCCUCUAUGACGCCCGCGUCGGUUAUACCGGAGGAGACCUUAACGAUCCAAGCUACCGCGCUGUGUGCUCGGGACAGACGGGCCACGCCGAAAGCGUACAGCUGCACUACGACCCUUCGCGCAUAACCUACCGGCAGAUCCUCGAGUUUUUCUACCGGCUCCACGACCCGACGACAGCUAAUCGCCAGGGCCCCGAUGUCGGACACCAGUACCGCAGCGCCAUCUACUACCACAACCCCGAGCAGGAGCGCAUCGCGCGCGAGAUCACCCAGAAGGCGAACGAGCAGUGGUAUAAGGGCGGCAUCGUCACCGAGAUCGUGCCCGCCGGACAAUGGUGGGACGCUGAGGAGUAUCACCAACAGUAUCUACACAACAACCCGUCGGGUUACGAGUGCCCGACCCACUUUCUGAGGACGUUCCCGUCGUUGCAGUAAUGUGGAAGAUUUAACUGCUGAGGCACUUUGUAGUUCCUCGUAUUGCAGAGAACCUAGUCGGCUUGAUGAGUGCGCUUGAUGUAGCUAACUGCGGAAUUCAUAAGAGACAUUCAGCAUGCCGCAAAGCUUGGCCCUUUGAGGCAUAUUAGUACAGUUGAACUCAAAAGAGAACGGGGACGGGGUGAUUUGCGUAGGCUUCAUAGUUAGAGGCCAAUGCGUUCUUAA